AUGGCGGCCUCUAUAUCGCAGAUUGGGACGGUCCCGCAGCUCCUCGCCGGCGGCAUAGCUGGGGCCUUCAGCAAGACUUGUACUGCUCCUCUAGCUCGCCUUACCAUUCUUUUUCAGGUGCAAGGCAUGCAUUCAGACAUUUCAAGUAUGAGCAAACCUAGUAUAUGGCGUGAGGCAGCACGUAUAGUCAAUGAAGAAGGUCUCAGAGCCUUUUGGAAAGGGAAUUUGGUUACUAUAGCUCAUCGUCUUCCUUAUUCUGCCGUCAAUUUUUAUUCCUAUGAACAGUACAAGAGGAUUUUAAGAUCAAUUCCAGGUCUUGAUGGGCAAAGGAGGAAUGCACACGGAGAUAUUUUCGUGCAUUUUGUGGGUGGUGGCUUAGCUGGGAUUACAGCUGCUUCUGCCACAUAUCCUUUGGAUCUUGUCCGGACAAGACUUGCUGCACAGAGGAAUGCUAUUUACUAUCAAGGAAUAAGGCAUGCACUUCAUACCAUCUGCAGAGAUGAAGGUUUCUUUGGCCUGUACAAAGGAUUGGGAGCAACAUUAUUGGGUGUUGGACCGAGUAUAGCUAUAAGCUUUUCAGUUUACGAGAGUUUGAGAUCUUCUUGGCAUUCUCAAAGGUGA